GCGGCUGCGGCUGCGGCUGUAGAGGCCACUGAGGAGCUGACUGGGUGGCCGGUGAGUCCCCGUGGCCUCCAGCCGUCUCUUAACAGGGCCUUUUCUUCCCCAGACCGCGGCUCUCAGCCUGCCCGGGAGCUGCUGUGGGCACGCCCUGGAGCGGCGGCGGCGGCGGUCGCGGACAGGUUAGAGUGGGGGCAGGGGCAGGCGCGCGUGCAGCCCAUUGCCAGAAAGGGAGCACGAGCCAGGCCAUCUCCGAAAAUGUCCGACGAGACAUCGGCCACCACUUCCUACGAGAAGUUUCUAACCCCCGAGGAACCCUUUCCGUUCCUGGGACCCCCUCGCGGGGUGGGCACCUGCCCCAGCGAGGAACCCGGCUGCUUGGACAUCAGCGACUUCGGCUGCCAGCUCUCCUCCUGCCAUCGCACGGAUCCGCUCCACCGCUUCCAUACCAACAGGUGGAACCUAACUUCCUGUGGAACAAGUGUUGCUAGCUCAGAGUGCAGCGAGGAACUCUUUUCGUCAGUUUCCGUUGGAGAUCAAGAUGAUUGUUAUUCCCUACUAGAUGAUCAAGACUUCACUUCUUUUGAUUUAUUCCCUGAGGGAAGUGUCUGCAGUGAUGUCUCCUCUUCUAUUAGCACCUACUGGGAUUGGUCAGAUAGUGAGUUUGAAUGGCAGUUACCAGGCAGUGACAUUGCCAGUGGGAGUGAUGUGCUUUCUGAUGUAAUACCCAGUAUUCCAAGUUCACCUUGCCUGCUUCCUAAAAAGAAAAAUAAGCACCUAAAUCUAGACGAGCUUCCUUGGAGUGCAAUGACAAAUGAUGAGCAGGUGGAAUAUAUUGAGUAUCUGAGUCGUAAAGUCAGCACUGAGAUGGGCCUUCGGGAGCAACUUGAUAUUAUUAAAAUCAUCGAUCCUUCUGCCCAAAUCUCUCCUACAGACAGUGAGUUUAUUAUUGAACUAAACUGUCUCACAGAUGAAAAACUGAAGCAGGUCAGAAACUAUAUUAAGGAGCAUAGCCCUCGCCAGCGGCCUGCAAGGGAGGCCUGGAAGAGAAGCAACAUUAGUUGUGCAAGCACCAGUGGAGUGAGCGGUGCCAGUGCCAGCGCCAGCAGCAGCAGUGCCAGCAUGGUCAGUUCUGCAAGCAGCAGUGGGUCCAGUGUUGGAAACUCUGCUUCAAACUCCAGUGCCAACAUGAGUCGAGCACACAGUGACAGCAACCUGUCUGCAAGUGCAGCAGAGCGGAUUCGGGAUUCAAAAAAGCGAUCCAAGCAGCGGAAGUUACAGCAGAAGGCUUUCCGCAAGAGGCAGCUGAAGGAGCAGAGGCAGGCCCGGAAGGAGAGGCUCAGUGGGCUCUUCCUUAAUGAAGAAGUGCUGUCGUUGAAAGUGACUGAGGAAGACCAUGAAACAGAUGUUGAUGUUUUGAUGUAAUAAGGGUGACUUUGUCAUCAGUCUUUCUAAGCAUUAUUCUGUCUUUGUUGGUUUACAUGCAUCUUAGCCAAAAUUUUGGUUAGGGCUAUGCUGAUGUACUAUUAAUAAUUUAGGCCAGUGGUUCUCAGAGGGAGGUUUCAGGACCUGCAGCUUCAGCAUCACUGACAUAAUGCCCAGGAAUGCAUUCUGUUUAUCCCCACUCCAGACCUAGUGAAUCAGAAGCCACAGGCACAGGGCAGCAUUGUAUUUUAACUAAUGCCAUGUUAUUCUCAUGCUCAUUCUGGUAUAAGAACCACUGAUUUAAGUAAAUAUUUUGAGUGUUUAACUUUAUGGUUGUUGAAAGUAGGCUUUUCAAAGACUUGUACAGUUUUGGACAUUUCAGAGUACUGAUAAGUAGUUUAUUGUGUCAGAAUCUGUAAGGAUCAUAAUUUAGUUCCCUUCUCAAUGUUAAGAUCUUAGUUUACUUUUCUAAAGGGUUAUAGAAUAAUUCUCAAUUCCUGGGGGAAAAUUCUUUGUGAGGUAAGGGUGCGCACAGGAUAUGGAUUACUGUUUACAAUAGUGCCUUCAUGAGGUUUAGUUCAGUUCUCAUUCAUUAUUAACUCAGAGAUACAAGAACAUGCCCUAAUCUCUGCCCAGUUCAAUAUAUUUUUCUGCUUUGCAUAAAAUGAAAAUCUUUUCUGUAAGGAAUAACUACUAAGGAAAUUAUGUUCCUAGUUGCUGAAUUUUAGACUUGGUGCUGUUAAUAAGAUUCAAAUAGAGAAUUCAAUUAGGCAAAACAACCAAUUUUAAUUUUCCAAAUUUUAGGCUGUAAAAUUAUCUUAAAAAUGGAAAAUUUUCUCUCUGACUCUCUCUCUACUUUUCUCUUUAAGUUUUUAUAGACUUCUUUUUUUCAAUCCAGCACAACUCUAAUUUUUGUAUAUUUGGUAUAACAACUUCAGGCAUGUGGACAGGUUAAUGUUCAAGAAUAACUGAUGAAACCCCCUAGAGUUCCACUAAACUUUUCUAGGGUUUGCUGUCAGUAUCCACAGCAGUGAAGCGUAGAAGGCACCUUAGUUUGUUGGUAACUAAUAGAGCUCCAAUUUUAAAUGUGAAACCAUGGAGUAACUUUAAAUUUUGUCAUAGAAUUUGUUAUAAUGAUCUUAAAAACAGUAUGUUUCCUUUACUUCUACAUUCUUUGAAUAUCCACGUGGGUUAGAGAAGAUGGAUACUGAUAGUACUGAUAAUCAAGUUGGUUUCUGCUUUUUAUAGGUUGCUUUUUUGUGGAUAACAUUUAGAAGGUAAUCUGGUUAUAAAAGAAUUGUCAAUAUUUUAUAAACUACACAGUGCAGAGAUUAAUGGGAUUUCAACUUUUUAAACAUUAGCUCAUUUAAAAGAUGAACAAAGGUCAAAAGAUAUAAGAUAUAAAGGCCUAAACUUUGUUAGAUUUAAAAAUUACAACUUGAUCCAGGUGUGGUGGCACAUACCUUUAUAAUCCUAGCAUUCAGGAGGCUGAGGGAGGGAUUGUGAAUUCAAGAUUAGCCUGGCUACAUAGUUGAGACCCUGUUUAAAAAAAGACAUUAAAAUAUGCAUAGAUUUUGAAUUUUUUAAUUUGUUCAUUUGAAGCUUAAGGACCUAAAAAUGAGGAUAACCAUGCAUUGCAGUUUUGCUGAGGUCUGUGUUCUGAUUAUAACACUUUGAAGACUACUACAAUCAGAAUUUGAAAUUCUACUGGUAUAUGUUUGCAGUUAAAACGGCCUUUUUGACAUUCACCCUAUUUCCUUUUGGUAUUCUUCACCAUCUUAAGAGACAAAGAGAUGUUGAAGAUAGACCACAAAGUACUUGGAGGAAGGUGGAAAGGGUCAGCUUCCUUGUAAUCUCUUCUAACGAUACUAAAGAGAAAAGGGAGAGAAGCAAAUACAUGAGAAUUUUCUGCCUUCCCAUUAGCAAAAGCCAACUCUCACAGAACUGGGCAUGGUGGUACAUGCCUUUAAUCCUAACACUUGAGAGGCAUAGGUAGGAGGAUUGCUGUGAGUUCAAGGCCAGCCUGAGACUACAUAGUGAAUGCCAGGUCAUCCUGGACUAGAGUGAGACCCUUCUUCAACAAAACAAAACAACAAAAAAAAAUCUUACAGAAAAAUUAUCUACUCUCUUUUACUAUUUUAUAAGGCAAGUAGACCACAUUUGGAGACACCAAACAGCAUUUAUAAGAAAAUUCUAAACAAAGUUAUGUUGUGAUUUAAGAUAUAAUUCCUCAAUUCCUCCUACAGUCACAUAGUCUUAAUACUUUAGAUUUAACUUACGUCAUUACCGAACAAGUUUACCAAAGUGCC